AUGGAAAACCCACUCAGUUGCUGUUUCUGGUUCAUGAAGGGUGCUCGAGUUUGGAACUUCAAGCUGCAGUAUAGGGUAGGUACAUUGCUAAUCGGACGGGCAGAUCAUGAUGAUAACAAGAAGACUUAUGGUGAUGCCUCUAGUGAGAUGAAGACUGGACUAGCAGAUUACGACAUGAGGAUGUGCAUCGCAAUGGCUUCAUUGAUUAGCACCAAAAGCCACAUAUCAGUUGCGGUUAAUAACGCGGACUCGUACCAAGGUUUAAGGGGCCGUGUGAGUGUUUUGAAGAAUACUCCGGAUGCAUGGUUGAUGCCGUACUUAGAGCUAGCCGGAUUUGGGUCCGUAGCACAGAUCCGGUACAUCGUCUUGCGCUUUGAUUUAUUAUCUGCGCUAGAUGAGCGGUGGCGCCCGGAGACCCACACUUUUCAUUUUUCGUGCGGGGAGUGCACGGUGACCUUGGAGGAUGUAGCGUUGCAGCUUGGGCUCCCAAUUGACGAGAGUCCCGUAACGGGAUUAUCUGCAUUUACCGAUCCGGAUGCACUUUGCUAUCAGCUUCUAGGAGACUCACCAGGGGACGGUGAGUCAUAUUUUUCAGGCUUACAAUUUACAUGGCUGAAAGCCAAGUAUGGACAAUUAUCAGCGACAGCCACUGAAGGCGAGUUGAUGUGCGCUGCUCGAGCGUACAUCAUGCAUAUCAUAGGGGGAGAAAUCAUGCCUGAUGCAAGCAACGACAAUGUGCAUUUGAUGUACUUGCCCCUGUUAGCUGACUUGUCCAGUGUUAGCUCCUAUAGCUGGGGCUCAGCCGUGCUAGCAGUCUUGUAUCGAGAGCUUUGUCGGGCGACAGAUCUGAAAGUUCGCGACAUUGGCGGAUACCUCUCACUGCUGCAGUCCUGGGCGCUGUAUCGGAUGCCAUUUUUGGCAUCGGUUAGACACCAACCAUAUGUUUAUCCACUGCUGAACAGGUGGAGUGCUCGUCCGAGUAUCGGGAAGUCAUACAAUGUCCCGCUAUACCGCCUCAUGAUUGAACAGUAUGCCCGGGAUGGGUUUAUAUGGACGCCAUACCGAACGCCAGAAAUUACCGCCGUGGUACCCUCGUCUGCGUACGUGCAUUCGUACAUAUGGUGCACUAACGCACCAAUUAUAAAUUUCAACAUGGUUGAGUGGUAUCACGGGGAUCGAGUGCUACGACAGUUUGGCUUCAUCCAACCUAUCCCGGAUCCGCCGUGUGAGGUGGGAGAAGUUCACGACAAGAAUAAGAGAGGAAAAUCGAUGAUAGAUUGGGGAAUUAAGUAUCGAAAAUUUGUGGCGCUGUGGAACGAUCGAUUUCGUCGAAGACCUCAGAUGGUUAUGGCUACCGACUCGCAACCAUCAGUAGAGUAUAUGCAAUGGUACUAUAGUUGCGGGAAGCCAUAUUUAUACGGAGGCCAGUCGAUUGUAAUCCCCCCGCACAUGCAGCGACAUGGGGGAUCGGCCACAGCGGCCCAGCAUGAUCUGGAUCCCAUGGCAUAUUAUUCUCCGGAACCACCGGAGCCCGAGCAGGAGCCCCAGCCAGAUCCGAAACAAUCUGGAUUUGUCGGUUCCGAAACAAUCUGGAUUUGUCGGUUCAGAUAG